CGGCGGCAGCGCGGCGGGGGCGAGCGGCGGGCGGUGGGCGCGGGAUGGCCGCGGCCACCUCUAACCCCUACCUCCCCGGCAACGGCAUCCUGGCGGCCGGCUCCAUAGUCCACGCGGACUCAGGCGGCGGCGGUGGCGGCGGCGGAGGCGGCGGCAUGCAGCCGGGCAGCGUGGCUGUUACCUCGGUGGCGGGAGGCUACCGCGGCGACCCGGCGGCCAAGAUGGUCCAGAGCGACUUCAUGCCGGGCGCCAUGGCCGCCAGCAACGGCGGCCAUAUGCUGAGCCAUGCCCACCAGUGGGUGACAGCCCUGCCCCACGCCGCCGCCGCUGCCGCCGCAGCCGCCGCAGCCGCCGCCGAAGCGGGAUCGCCCUGGUCCGGCAGCCCCGUGGGCAUGACGGGCAGCCCCCAGCAGCCGCCGCCGCCGCCCGACGUCAAGGGCAGCGGCGGGCGCGACGACCUGCACUCGGGCGCGGCGCUGCACCACCGACCGCCCCACCUGGGCCCCCCGCACCAGGGGCACCCGGCGGCCUGGGGGGCGGCGGCGGCCGCCCACCUGCCCUCCAUGGCCGGCGGGCAGCAGCAGCAGCAGUCGCUCCUCUACUCGCAGCCCGGGGGCUUCACGGUGAACGGCAUGCUGAGCCCCCCCCCCGGCGGGCAGAGCCUGGUGCACCCGGGGCUAGUGCGUGGCGAGACGCCGGAGCUAGGCGAGCACCCCGGGCACCAUCACCACCACCAUCACCAGCACCCCGGGCACCACCCGCCGCACCACGGUGGCGUCAACAGUCACGACCCGCAUUCGGACGAGGACACGCCGACCUCCGACGACCUGGAGCAGUUCGCUAAGCAGUUCAAACAGCGGCGGAUUAAGCUGGGCUUCACUCAGGCCGACGUGGGGCUAGCGCUGGGCACCCUCUACGGCAACGUCUUCUCGCAGACCACCAUCUGCCGUUUCGAGGCCCUGCAGCUCAGCUUCAAGAACAUGUGCAAGCUGAAGCCUUUGUUGAACAAGUGGCUGGAGGAAGCUGACUCCUCCACGGGCAGCCCCACCAGCAUCGACAAGAUCGCCGCCCAGGGCAGGAAGAGGAAGAAGCGGACCUCCAUCGAGGUGAGUGUCAAGGGGGCAUUGGAGAGCCACUUUCUGAAAUGUCCCAAGCCCUCCGCCCAGGAGAUUACGAACCUAGCGGACAGCCUGCAGCUGGAGAAGGAGGUGGUCAGGGUUUGGUUUUGCAAUCGGAGGCAGAAAGAGAAACGGAUGACCCCCCCGGGAAUCCAGCAGCAGACCCCCGACGAUGUCUACUCCCAGGUCGGCACUGUCAACUCCGACACGCCGCCCCCUCACCACGGACUGCAGACCAGCGUGCAGUGAGGGGCACCUCGGGCGGGCCGGGGGCUGCGACGGGCAGCGCGGGCCUGGCCGGGCCGGGCACCGCCGCCGGGCACUGCCACCACCGCCGGGACCGGUAGCGCCGCGCACAUCCGCACGCUCACACAGACACACUCACACACAGGCACGCACACACACACACAAGAUCCAGGCUCGUUCAGACUGCUUGUGUUUAUAUAUAUAUGGAUAUAUGCGUGCAUCUAUAUAUAUAUAAGAUCGAUACCAAUAGGGAGCGGUGGAGAGGUCGAUCCGAGCGAGAGGAGCAUUUAGACCGAGUUGGGAAAAUGGGGUGGAGAUGCGUAAUGCACCAAAACUGCAGAUGUGCCGGGGGGGUUGGUUGUGGGGUGAAGGCUUAGGCGGGUGGGCUUGUUGUUUGUUUGUUUGUUUGUUUCUCUCUCUCUCUUUUUUUUUUUUUUUUGUUUAAUUUUUCACUCUCCAAAUUACCUUCCUCUCGCAGUGAGGAACACCACUGAUGUGUGCACCUUUCUCUCCCCUCCUCCCCCCCCCCCCCCCCACUCUUCCCUCUAUCCCCAAAAGGGCUCUCUUCUAUGAAUCACGGAAACUUUUUUUUCUCCAUUCUCUCUCCCUCUUAUUUUUCUUCUUUUUUUUUUUUAACUUCAAUGGGAGCAAUCAAGAAAAAAAAAAAAGGGGGGGGGGGAAGCAGAAGCAAAAUAGUGUGGUUAAUCAGAGGGUGCCUGCUACAUUCCAGCACCCUGUUUUUCUUGGCCAAACCAUAGAAUUUUGGUGCAAGGCAGACAUCCACUCUGAAAACAUAUAUGUCUCUAUAUCUAUAUAUUCUGCAAAAUUAAGAGGGCCACUUUUUCCAGGAAAAAAAAAUCUAAAUAGAAUAUGCACACAGCACUAAAACCAAGCAGACUGCAUAGGGAAGCAAAUACAUAUAUAUAUAUUUAUCUAUAUAUAUAGGUAUAGCUAUAGAACAAAAAAUAUGGAAAUAAAUGCCUGCACACUGAAAAAAUUUACCCUGAGAAAAAAAGGGGGGGAGGGACAAAUGCUGGGGGAGGGUGGGAGAAGGAGAGGUUGUUGGUCCCUAAAGUUUGAGCUCUUUUAGAAGGACUUUGCAUGAAUUAAGGGAACCAGCGAGAGAAAGGGAAAUAAUUUAGGGCUCUCAUAGUCCUGCCCCUGAUGGCUGCCAAUCAUCAUGGAAGAGUCAUAAUUUUUUUUUAAAAUCCACUGCUAAUAUUUUUUUUAUUAAUAUUUUUAUUUUUUAUUUCUGGACUGAUUCAGAUAAAGGGAUUUAGAAGGACUGAGCAUCUGCAGCUGCACUUAUCUGAACUUCUCCUCUCCUAAAUCCGUUGCCAACUUUGAUUGAAUGGGUGCUGUGGAUGUGAUUAUAUAAUACUGCCAUUUCCAAGCAGUGUUUUUGGUAGGUUUUAAUAAACAGACUUUUCAAAAAGACGGCAAUAUAGAAUUGUUAGAUCCAUUGUUGAUCUAAAAAAAAAAUUUGCUUUAUAUUUUCAUUAAAUGACUUCUUUUAAUAUUUUAUUCAGAAUACCUAUGAACUGCUGCAAAACGGUAAUUUAUUUUUUCCCCAGAUCUUGUAUUACGUGUUUUUUUCAGACGAGCACAAAUCAAAAUGAAAUGAAAAUAUGGACAGUUGUUAGGUAAUAAGGGUAUCUUUUGAUGUGAUAAUUUGAUUGUAAUUUAAUUUGAGUAGUGAUUCCGUAAGAGCUGAUUGAGAAAAUAAAUUUGUUAGAAUGAAA